AUGUUUAUCACCAUUAUUCUACUGAGUGUUGCUAUUUGCUUGAUCGUUACUUAUUUAUACAAAAUAAAGUCUUCCUAUGACUAUUUUCGACGUCGAAAUAUUCCUGGUCCACCACCACAAUUCUUUUUCGGUCAUUAUUUAACGCUGUGGAAUGUUCCGUUCUAUUCACGUCAGCUUCAAAAAUGGACACAGCAAUAUGGCAACAUCUAUGGUCUAUUCGAAGGAACACGUCCAGUGUAUGUUGUAUCUGACGUUGAUUUCUUGCAAGAGGUUUUUGUUAAACAAUUUUCAUCGUUCCAUUCGCGUCGACGACCUUUUAUCACUCGUAUUUUAAAAGGUAAUCGAGCUCAUCUGUUUUCCGCUCAGGCGGAUCAGUGGAGACGCCAACGUCAUGUGAUCAAUCCAACGUUUUCAGCAGCCAAACUGAAAAUGAUGGCACCGCUAAUCAAUCAAUGUAUUGAAUCAUUCAUGAACAAAGUCAAUGACAUGAAUGGCGCAGAUUUCAAUAUCUAUGCAUUAUACAAACGGAUGACUAUGGAUGUUAUAUGUCGUUGUGCAUUUGGUAUUGACGUUGAUAUGCAAAACGAUUUAGACAAUAUCUAUAUGAAAAAGUCGAUUGCUUGCUUUGAAAUCGAUGUAGAAAAACUGUCUAUUGUCAAAUUAUCGAACGUGAUGCCAUUUCUCAUUCCAUUUUUAACUCAAAUUUUCAAGUUUGGUCUAUUUGUUCAAAGAACGACUCAAAAAUGGUCAUCAAAUAUGCUACCUGAAAAUGACGGUCUGCCUGCAACCUGGUUGAUCGAACGAUUAGAAGAACUUCUUAAGCAAAGGCUAUCUUCCGAAAGUAAGCGCACUGAUUUGCUUAAGUUAAUGUUGGAUGCGGCCACAGAAGAAGAAAUCAAGGAUGAUACAUCAGAAGAACUGUCAUCGAAGAAACUACACUACAAUGAAGUCGUUCUCAACAUAUUCUUGUUUAUGCUCGCUGGCUUUGAAACUACCUCUAAUACUUUAGCAUUUGCAACAUUUGCCCUCGCAACAACGCCGCAUGUUCAAGACAAACUACAAAUGGAGAUCGACGAAAUUUGGGAGGAUGACAUCGAUAAGCUUGACUAUGAUACUGUAGCCAACAUGACAUAUUUGGAUAUGUUCGUACGGGAAGUUCUUCGGAUGUAUGGCAUAUCGAGUCAAGCGAUAACCCGAGAAUGUAAUACAUCAGUGAAUAUAUGUGGUCAUCAAAUUGAUAAAGGUUGCGUGAUUCUGCCGGAUGUUUAUUCUGUUCAUUACAAUGCUGAUCUUUGGGGACCGCAAGAUCCAAAUAUUUUCGAUCCCGAACGACAUUCAAUCAAGCGUCAUCCUCUUGCCUAUCUAGCAUUUGGUAUGGGACCUCGAAAUUGUUACNAAAACGGUUUUCCUUACGGAUCAGAUUCAUCGAAUCAAUUCAAAGAUUAUUUGCAUCUUCGAAAAGACAUCUUCUUUACUCGAAAAUGUGAUUAUUCAACAGCAGAAGCAAUCAUUUGUGUACAAUUGAAUCUAGGAAGAGUGUUAACGCUUCCGAAUGUCACAAAAGUUGAUGAAUUGAAUGCAUACUUUACAAAAGCAGACGGACAAUACGAUACAGUUUAUUCCUCGUAUACAGGACGAAUCUAUUUACGAGUACCUGAUCAGAUUGAACGAUGGAUUAUAACGAUUACUUCAAAAGGAAAAAUUACGGAUAAUCUCGAUGGAAAUUUCUAUCGACCUUGUGUUUGA